AUGAAGACUCAAGUGUUGAUCACCAUACUGCUGUGCCUCGCGCUGGCCCACGCCGCGCAAGCAUCAAGCAGCAAUUUCGAGAAGUACGCCGUGCGCAACUCCGUCCGCAGCGGCAGCGCGCACCGACUGAGGUGGCGCAAGCUGACAGAGCUUCCCACUUGCGUAAACCAAACUCUCUGCGGAUCAUUGUGCGUGGACAUUUUGACCGACAUUAACAACUGUGGCGUGUGCUCCAACUUCUGCGAUCUCACCCAAAUCUGCUGCAACGGCACCUGCAUCAACCCCAACACCAACAACGCCCACUGCGGCGCCUGCGGUGCCCGGUGCCCAGGCACCUGCGCUGCGGGUGUGUGCAACUACGGCGGGGUGACCUCCUCACCUGGGAACGGCCCUCUUGGCAAUGGUGGUGCCGGCAAUGGUGGUGCAGGCCCUGUUGUUCCCCCUACGGGUGGUUCUGGCCCUGUCGUCCCCGGCACUGGUGGUCCCGCUGCUGGUGGCCCAGGGAAUUCCGGGAAGCUCUAA